GAUAUUGUUAUUUAGAACCAAUGGAAUUGAAACAUAAAAAAUUAUAGAAGAUAUACGAAUGUCAUCAAGGUGGGAAGGCUGAGAGAUUAAGCAGUGCUGAGGUUUCAACUGAAGGAUGUAUCUCCCCUGAAAUGGAUGACAGUUGCAGUGAACCUAGUUCAGAAAGUGAAACUGAACUAGAUGAUGAUAUUCCAGAGCGAAGACAAGAUGCAAAUGCCGAUUUACCAUCUGAAUAUUGGCAGAUUGGGAAAAUGAUCAAAUACUUGAAGGCUGGAAAUCAAACAUCAACUAUUAUAUCUCUGUGUGCCCUGAAAGAUAUGCCUUUAAAAACUGAAGUUUGUCAGUUGGCCGUUCGUGAUGUUGGUGGAAUUGAAGUUCUUAUUAAUUUACUUGAAACCGAUGAAAUUCGCUGUAAACUGGGUUCAUUGAAAAUUUUAAAGGAAAUUACAAAAAAUCCACAAAUUCGUAAAGCUGUCGCAGAUAUUGGUGGUUUACAACCACUUGUAAAUUUAUUACGUAGUCCAAAUCGUGAUUUAAAAUGUUUAUGUGCUGAGGUUAUAGCGAAUGUGGCUAAUUUUCAUCGAGCAAGACGUACAGUUAGACAGUAUGGUGGUAUAAAACGCUUAGUUGCCCUACUCGACUGUCCAAGUCUGAAUAGUGUACCAAUGACAAGUGAAGUUGAACGUGACAUUGAAGUGGCACGAUGUGGUGCAUUAGCUUUAUGGUCCUGUAGUAAAUCCAGAAAAAAUAAACUAGCUAUGAAGCGUGCAGGUGUGAUAUCAUUAUUAGUUCGUCUUUUGAAAUCUCCGCAUGAAAAUAUGCUUGUUCCAGUUGUUGGAACCUUACAAGAAUGUGCUUCUGAAGAAAGUUAUCGUGUUGCAAUACGUACAGAAAAUAUGAUUGGUGACUUGGUGAAAAAUUUGAAACGUGAUAAUGCUGAACUUCAAAUGCAUUGUGCUUCAACUAUAUUUAAAUGUGCUGAAGAACUUGAGACACGUGAUUUAGUCCGUACAUUUGGUGGUCUAGAGCCAUUGAUAGCUUUACUAAAUAAAGAAGAUAACAAAGAGUUGUUGGCGUCGGCUACAGGAGCUAUUUGGAAAUGUGCGAUUUCUAAAGAGAAUGUGAAACAGUUUCAAAAACUGGGAACAAUUGAAAAACUAGUCAGUUUAUUAAAUGAACAACCAGAAGAGGUUUUAGUUAAUGUGGUUGGUGCACUCAGUGAAAUGGCUAAAGAUCCAGUCAACAGAAGUGCAAUACGUAAAGCUGGAGGAAUUGCACCAUUAGUAUCUCUAUUAACAAGAACAAAUCAAGAAUUACUAACUAAUACAACUAAAGCUGUUGGGAAAUGUGCUGAAGAACCUGAGAGUAUGAGUAUUAUUGAAAGUUUAGAUGGUGUACGUCUACUGUGGUCAUUGUUAAAGAAUUCAAAUCCAAAAGUUCAAUCAUACGCUGCUUGGGCGUUAUGUCCGUGUAUUCAGAAUGCCAAGGAUGCUGGUGAAUUAGUACGUUCAUUUGUUGGUGGACUUGAACUGAUUGUCAGUUUGCUUAAAUCGAAAGAUCCAGAGGUUUUGGCUGCUGUUUGCGCUGCUGUAUCAAAGAUUGCGGAGGAUGAAGAGAAUUUAGCUGUAAUUACGGAUCAUGGUGUUGUUCCAUUAUUAUCACGUUUAACGCAUACGAGAGAUGAACGUCUUCGAUGUCCACUGACUGAUGCAAUAGCAAAAUGUUGUACUUGGGGAACAAAUCGUAUUGAUUUUGGUCAUGCUGGAGCUGUCACACCAAUCGUUCAAUUUUUGAAAUCAUCAGAUCCAAAUGUUCAUAGAUCAACAGCCAAAGCUUUAUUUCAAUUAAGUCGUGAUCCGAAUAAUUGUGUUUCAAUGCAUAAAGUUGGCGUUGUAAAGUAUUUAUUACAGAUGGUUGGUUCAUCGGAUCCAGAACUUCAGACAGCAAGUGCUGGAUGUAUAAGUAAUAUUCGACGACUAGCACUAGCUAAUGAAAAGGCUUAUUUAACAAAACUACAUGAAAAUAAUAAAGUUGGUAUCAGUAAAAAGACAAAUAUAAAAAAGUCAUAUAAAAUUAAAGAGAUCAGCAGCUCUGAUCAUGAACAUCAAGAAGAUGACCAACAAGAUUAUAUAAAACAUAAUCAAUCAGAUAAUAAUGAUGGCAAAGUGAAUGAUGAUGAUGAUGAAGAUCAAACUAAUCUAGAAGAUACAGCUGUUGGUACAACACUAAUUCAUUCAGAAGACAUACCAUCUGAUGAAGUAAACACAUCUGUAGAACCAUCAUCACCAAAUAAAAAAGAAUCCCCAGAAAAUGAAUAAAUAAUCUUCAAAAUAAACUGACAUAUAUAUAUAUAUGAUUAGUUUAAUUUCACAAUUCUACUUUUAUGCUGUUGUGUAAGUUAAUUUGAUAAUAAAUAAAAUAAUUAAAAAACGCCGAUAUGAAGAGUAAAAUAAAUACAAUGCAGAAG